CGAAGGAUGCACUCCCGGUGAACAUAAAGAUGUGCCACGGUAUGAAAUGAAUUACAGAUUCAAAUGUGUGGACGUCCCAGCCAACUACUAUGUGGCCUGGUUGAUCACAAGACAGGACCCUAGCAAUGGCAAUCAGCUAACCAAUACUGAUGUGUGUUCUAUGACCGAUGACAGGUGCCAUUCAUAUUCUGAGGGUUCAGGAGCAAUUAGGGUUAAUAACAUCACAAGUAUACUUUUCUUCUACCCCAGCGUUAUCAACGACAUCAUCGGCAUCACGUGUAGAGUCUUUGACAAGGAGUUAGCGCGCACCCUGUCCUACAUCAACGACUAUACCUGUAGUAUCACCUUGUUAGAUACUCCAAAAAUGGAUUGCGUACUGCAAGCAACUCACCACGGCUCCAGAAGAACAGUAUUGUGUACAAUUACCAAUAUCGUCGAUCUAACACAAGACUACCAAUGCGAAUUCACUGAGGAGCUGGAGGUACGGGAUUUCUAGAAUAUUUGAUAUGGUAACAAGUUGCUUCCGCGGGGUAAUAAUAAUCUUUUAGGCUCACAAACGUUUUCAGAAAAAUCCAAUCAAGUUAACAGGAAUAUGUCAGCAGGUGAUUUUACAUGCACUAAUUCUAAUGUUUUGCUAUUGUAAACGCUGCAAAAAUAUUUUUUUUCAACUGCAACAUCAAUAUCUGAAUCAACGGCAUAGUCAAAAUAAUUUGGAUGGUUGUAGAAUGGAAGUCCUGGGAGGCUGCUGGUUGGGACGCAAGAUGGAACAUACGAACUUCAUGUGAACCAAAAUCCCCCAGGUCCUUCAGAUGGCGAUUGCUCCUUUUCAUUUGACCCUGCACUGGGAAUCGAUGUCGUUCUAGUGAACCUUGGUCCCUACAACGUCCAGGCCAGAGCUGAAUUCCUAGA